AUGGCCACCCGUCUACGCAAAACAUUCCACUACCCAACCGAAGACGCAGACAGCGAAGGCAGCGACCGCGAAGAACUGGACGAGCAAGAGCAGGAAAUACUCAUCGAGGAUUUGGCAAAGCGCGAUCUGGACAAUACAAUCUUCUACCGCCGUGCUUUUGUCACUCUGCCUGUCGUAGCAGCCCUGACCUAUCUACCUGUUCUGUUCUCUGCGGAGACCUUCAGACAUGUCUUGCUAGCUUUGCUGUCCUUGACGACUCUGGGAGGCAGCAUCUAUAUCUUGUUUUAUGUUCCGCCCGCGCCUGUCGCUGUGGAUAGCUCAAGCUUGUCCACCGCUAUGAUUGACAGCAGAGGUCCGUUGGAUGUUGCUUUGCCUUGGCUGAACGCUGCCCUCUCUGCUGUGCUUGCACUAUCUGGUGUGCUGGCUUGGAAGAGAGACCUGGUCGAUGAAGCCUGGCGAGCUUUCCUGCCUGGUGGUNCCGUCCUGUUGNCGCAUUCGUCUAUCUCAUCACUCGCUAAUUUGUCAUGUGCAGCCAUCUUCCUCGUCACCAUGUACGCUCGCUCUCAGCUAGUCCCGCUCGAUGUCGCCAGCUUGAAACGUCUCAGGUACAAUUACAAAGGUGCUUGA